GUAUAAUCAUAAAAUAGAUCAUAGUAUUUAAAUUAAUAAUGUUGUCCAGAAAAAAUAAAGACUUAAAAACAAUAAAAGAAGGAGUUGUAGGAAAAUAUGUUAAAAAAGAUACACCUCCAGAAAUGCCAAUUAUUAAUGUAUGGACAACUGAGCCAAAUAGAAAACAACAGAAUCGAAGAAAUAGUCACCAAGUUGCUAGUACCUCAAGUACAACCUCUAACACCCCAACUCAGCAGCCUCAGAAAUUUGGUAACAGCAAAGUUUCAGUGGGCAAUGCCUUGCUUGGUGGGCAUGAAGGAAAAUAUACACCGAGUAGUACUGUUCCUAACAUCGCUCAGAGGUUUGCAAGUUUGUCAUCCAAUAGUGAUAAUGCACAAACAAAUGUACCCCCUCAUGGAUAUGUUCCUUUAAUUUCAUAUCCCGCUAGGCCAACAAAGAUACAGGCCACGCAACACAAUCCAAAUUUAGAUACUGCAAUGAGAUCAACUAAUCAUCACGGCUCUGAAACACAUACAUAUGCCGUCAAAAAAGCUAUGGCACAACUUCCACCUUUAUCUGAGCAUUAUCAAAGUUACAGCACAGGUGCUGGACAACGAUAUACUAUUCAACAUACACAAAAAACAACAGAACAGUCACCAUUUAGGCGAAAUUAUUCAAUUCACAGAUAUAGAAUGAAUGAACUUCGGAAUGGUACUACAGGAUUUAAUCGUUCUUAUUCAUCAUCAAGAAAUCAGGCUCACCCAAGUGCCUAUAAUGAUACUGGACCUAUUUACGAAAAUCAGGUUCAAGUUCGAACAGAGUCACCAAUUUAUAGCAAUACAUCUGAUUUUUCUCAUCAAAGUUCUCUACAAUCGUUAUAUCCAAACAAUCACUCACCAAGUGCACAAUCUGUAUCCAGUUUAUAUACUAGAAAUAAUACAAAUUCUGUGACUGAUAUUUAUAAUACAAAUCAUCAACAAAAUAAUAUAUACAGUAAUAUACCAAAAUCAAUUAAUUGGCCACACAUGAGUCUCGCACAACAGGUUAGUUUAGUAUCUGAAAAUCCAGUGUACAGCAAUGUGCCUGCUACAAAUCAGAUGACUUACGGUGAACAAAUAGUACACAAUGCAAGGCAUGAUCCUCUGAGGGUGUUAGAAGGUGCUUCUAAUGGAGUUGUUUCUCAGCCUGCAGAAGAAGAGCUACCCUUACCACCUGGGUGGUCAGUUGAUUAUACAUUAAGAGGUAGAAAAUAUUACAUGGAUCACAACACACAAACAACACAUUGGUCUCACCCGCUUGAGAGGGAAGGACUGCCAACUGGUUGGCAAAGGAUAGAAAGUCCUCAAUAUGGAGUAUACUAUGUUAAUCAUAUAACAAGGCAGGCCCAAUAUGAACAUCCUUGCUUGGCUCCUUGUUUUCUGUACGAAGGCGCUGGUCUUGCUAGCGCACAUCCUCUAGGAAUUCUGCCCCCACCCCGACACACACAGUUCAGCCCUCAUUCGGCUUUGGUUCCUGCUAAUCCAUACCUGCUGGAAGAAAUACCACCGUGGCUAGUUGUCUACUCAAAAGCACCUGAUCAUGUACAAGAAUAUAAAAUCUGUUGGGAUAUGUUCCGAAUGGCUGAAUUGGAUUGUUUCAGUGGCAUGUUGACACGACUGUACAAACAAGAAUUAUUAGACAUAGUUAUGAGAUACGAGGCAUACAGAGCAUCACUAUUAAUAGAAAUGGAGAGAAGACUACGGGAAAUGCAUUUACAACAAACUCAACAACAACAAAAACAAGACUGAUGAUAACAAAAUUUGAGAUUGCAAGGUAUUUAUGAUACUUUUUUUAUAUAUCCACCU